CGGAAGAAUACGACCCCACUCUGACUUUCUUCCAAAACCCCCUCUCCUUUAAAUCCGACGAAACAACAAUCUUUGAAAGCAUAUGAAACCGAAUCGGAGAAAAGAUUUUGGGAGGAAGAAAGAAAAACUGAAAAACAUUAGAAAACGGAAUCAAAAAUCGUAGAACGUUGUUGUGAAAGCGUGUUGGUUUUGGUUUUAGAAAAGGAAGGAUGUCUUGCUCUGUUGCGGUAUCGAGCUCUCCAGUGUUCUCGCCAUCUUCGUCGCUGUUCUACAACAAGGCCUCGAUGAUCUCACCGUCGCAUGAAGCUCUAACGCUAACGCUAACCCACCUAAAGCCCUCACACUCGUCUUCUUCCGCUUCGUCUUCUUCGGCUUCUUUGUCUUCUCCUAAGUCACCGUCUUCGCCUUUUAGGAUUCGGCUUGCGAAGCCGCCAACUGGGUUGUCUUCUCCUUCGAUUUCGGCUUCUGGGUCGUCGUCCACGUCGCCGAGUACGGUUCUGAAGAGGAAGAGACCGGCGAGGCUCGCUAUUCCGGUGGCCUCGUUGGGUUUUGUGGCUCCGUUGACGCCGUCUAUGGCGGAGAGGGAGGUGGUAGAGGAAGAGGGAGAUGGGUAUUCUGUGUACUGCAAGAGAGGGAGGAGAGAGGCUAUGGAGGACCGUUAUUCUGCUGUCCUUAACGUUCAGGGAGAUAUCAAACAGUCUUUAUUUGGUGUAUUUGAUGGACAUGGAGGUGCAAAAGCUGCUGAGUUUGCGGCAGAAAACUUGGAUAAGAACAUAAUAGAUGAAGUGAUGAGAAGAGGCGAUGUGGAAAUUGAGGAGGCCGUUAAGAAAGGUUACUUGAACACAGACUCUGAUUUUUUGAAAGAAGAUGUACGCAGUGGCUCGUGCUGUGUGACAGCCUUGAUCAGGAAAGGGAACCUUGUUGUGUCUAAUGCCGGUGACUGUCGUGCUGUUAUUAGCAGAGGUGGUGUUGCUGAGGGCCUGACCUCUGAUCAUCGCCCUUCAAGGAAAGAGGAAAAGGACAGAAUUGAGGCCAUGGGUGGCUAUGUUGAUUUCUGCCAUGGUACUUGGAGAAUUCAGGGCUCUCUGGCUGUGUCUAGAGGGAUUGGUGAUCAGCACCUUAAACAAUGGGUAAUAGCAGAGCCGGAUACAAAAGUCCUUAGAAUCAAGCCAGAACAUGAAUUCCUAAUCUUAGCAUCGGAUGGUUUAUGGGAUAAGGUUAGUAAUCAGGAAGCAGUAGAUCUUGCUCGUCCAUGGUGCAUGGGCAUUGAUAAACCAGAGCCAUUGACUGCCUGUAAAAAUCUUGUAGACCUUUCGGUUUCGCGAGGUUCUUGCGACGAUAUAAGCGUGAUGCUAAUCCAACUGCGGCACUACAUUUGAUGUUCUGGUUACCUGCAGAGUAGGAAAUCAAACUGACAUAUAGGUUGAGGAAACUUGUCUUUGCCCCAUGAGCUGAAGGCAAGGUUCUCUUAACUACAAUUUUCAUUCUUUGUACGACCAGCUCUCAUAAGUGGUUUUGAUCACAAAUAUGAUGGUGAUAUAGUGGUGGUGGUGGUGGAAGAUGAUUCUUUUAUUAUUUAGAGCAGCCUGAUUUAUUUACUGUAGAUAUUUUGACAUAAUUCUGGAGAUUUUACAAUCAUAGCUAGGGAUAGGAGAUUCAAAACAGUCAGAUACUUGUAUUAUUCUUUAUUUAUACAUAUCUUCAAGAAUCUUCAUAUUUUUCA